UAAUAUUGUUGUUAAGUAAAAUAAUCUUACAUAUUUCGUAAAUUAUAUAAAAACAAACACCAGAUUUGCAAAAACAAUAUAUAUUAUUUAUUUCUAUCCGGUAUAAUAAACGCCGCCAAAAUUAGUUACUACUCUAAAUACAACGGGAAUAUUUCCACCAUGGCUAAGCCAGUAUUAUAUUCGUAUUGGCGAAGCUCCUGUUCGUGGCGGGUUAGGAUUGCCUUGAACCUAAAAGAAAUACCAUAUGAUAUAAAAGCUGUUAGUUUGAUCAAGGGGGGUGGAGAACAACACUGUAAUGAAUACCGGGAGGUGAACCCUAUGGAACAAGUACCGUCACUAGUUAUAGAUGGACACACAUUUGUAGAAUCACUUAGUAUAAUGCAUUAUUUAGAAGAAACAAGACCUCAAAGAGCUCUAAUGCCUCAAGAUUGUUAUAAGCGUGCAAAGGUUCGAGAGAUUUGUGAGGUCAUAUCAUCUGGCAUCCAGCCUCUCCAAAAUUUAAUUGUUCUAAUAUAUGUGGGUGAAGAUAAGAAAAAGGAAUGGGCCCAACAUUGGAUUAUGCGUGGUUUUAGAGCAGUGGAGAAGCUUUUAUCAUCCUGUGCAGGAAAAUAUUGUGUUGGUGAUGAAAUAACUCUAGCUGACUGCUGCCUUGUGCCUCAAGUGUUCAAUGCAAGAAGAUUCCAUGUAGAUCUUCGCCCAUUCCCAAUAAUACUUCGCAUUGAUCGUGAGUUAGAGAAUCAUCCGGCAUUUCGCGCUGCACACCCCUCCGCGCAGCCUGACUGUCCACCAGAGGUAGCCAAAUGAACCAACGCCAGUGACCAAAACUACUUCUUAGAGUGGACUCCCAUACACCUAUAACCGUAUUGUAAACCAUAAUAGUUAGCUAUAGUUUUACAUAGGUUUCUUCACAAUCAUUCAUCAUAUAUUACCUUUUAUUUUUGGUAAUGUUUUUUCUAGAAAAAUAUUGUAUAGAUGCUUAAUUAUAUACAGUUCAGCUCAAAUUGCCUAUUUGCCAAAAUAAUAUUACCAUUUAACAGAACUAAACUUAACAAUAGUCUUUUAGUCAAAUAAGUUGAUAUUAAAUUAAAUAGUUAGUGUCUUUUUACAAUAAAUUGGUUUAUCAACAUGAAAAUUCAGUCAUCUUUUUAGAAGGAACCAAGGUUCACAGUAGAAUAAAUAUUGGAUAAGAUGUUAAUAGAACAAAUGCAAUGCUCAGCAAUUAUUUGCAAAGGAAGACCUGUCCUAAAAUAUGUAUUCUAAAUUUAUUGGUAUACAUUUUAAUUUCAUUUACUCAUUUUAUGUUGAUAUUAGAAUGAGGUAAUAAAAAUAAUCCAGCUUGCUCACCUACUCUCUCACUUGCAUGCAUAAUAAAAACAAUUUAUAGUUUUAUGACAAUUAAUAAAUUAUAUUUUUAUUUUCUGUUAAUAUUUUUGAUAGAUAUUUUAUUUGUUAAGUGUAUUUUGCUUAGCAUAUUUUAAUCUAGUCUUAAACUAGUUACUUAUACAUUUUAAAUGGUUUUACAAGGUUUCACCAUCACAUCCAUUAUACAAACGGACGACUUAUGAAAUGUUAGAAAUGUAGUAGCUAUAAAUAAUCAUAAUUUUGUAGAACAAAAGUACCAUGGGAAUAUUGGGUACUAGUAGAGAUUGGGUAAAAGAAGCAACUGCAUCUAUCCAAUAAAUUUAUCACAUUAUUUGUGUUGAUACAUUACAAUGAUUUGAUCUAUGUCAGUUAUCUAUAGGUACAAGACACUCAUCACCGUCUUAAGUCCAGCAAGUGCUCGGGUGUAAGCAGUGUUCUGGCGACUACCGUAAAAAGAUUUUAAGAAACCUUUUGGUCACCUCACCGAUAGGCCCAAAAACCUGACCAUAAUAGGCGAGGCGUCCCCAACUGCCGGUACCCGGUUUUUGUAGCCACUAAAUGAAGACAAGCCUGAUGACACUACUUCCUAUAAAUACUUUUUCCUAAAUGCAUUUUAAUAGUUUUAUGUUCUGAGAUCAAUGCCAUGGAAGUUUAUUUCUCCGUAAUUAUUAAUAACAAGUGCGUAAUGGUCAUCUGGCAACAUUACAAAAAGUUGUAUUAAGAACGUAAUAAUCUUCAUAAUGCAGGUAUAUUAAAUUUAUUGCUAGUGAUUUGUACCUUUAGAGUUCUGGGCUAUUUUAUAUGUAUAAUAUAUAUACAUAUACAACAUAAUUCUUUUUUUUAGGCCAUGUUUUAAAAUUCUUAUUAUGUAUAUAAUUUGAACAUUCCAAAUAUAAAAUAUGUCUAAUAUUGUAAUUAUUUUAACUAGAUGUUAUUUAUAAUAUUUGCUACACUUAUGUAUUUAAUGAUUAUUGUAGUAAUUGCUAUGUGAUUUGUCUUUAUUUGUUUUUUAUGUGCCAUUCCAAAAGGAUUCAAUGCCUGAACUAGAUAUUCGUAAAAUAAUGUAUUAUUGUUUUUUAUCAUUAUAUACAACUUUUAUUGUUUUCCGUUUUAAUAAAAAAUAAAACAAA